AAGUCCCAUUCGGAAGUUCCGCGGUAUAUAGCCAUGAUAAUAUAACAUAUCGCCUCGUUCACCGACAGGUUGCGGCUGCUGCAACUGAUUGUCUCCCCCUGAUUCUGGUGAAAAGCGCUAUCUGCUGAUGUACCCACAAUGCCAUAUUUAGCGUAAUUGACGACUUGGUGUGAAACGAUCUGGCACAGUAGUAGACAGAGGGCUACCGUUCAUGGAUAAUGUAUGGAAUACGUAACAGUUACACUGAGCCGUAAUAUUGAGUGAAAUAAUGACAGUUCUACAAAGGGGCUAAGGGAAAAACUUAAAUUGUGAUAGAAGAAACAGUGAAAAAUUCAUAAUGGAUAGCUGGUACAGACGGUUCACCAUGUCGGUGGGAAUGAAGCCCCUUGCCCUUGGCUUUCUGUCUAUGGCCUUACUGGACAUGUUACCACUUUCCGAGGCUCAGACCGUGACAACAAUGGUUCCUGAAAAUGUCACAGAUGCACCAGGGUGUACAAUGGAUUCUGAACCCUGUAAAGCUGGUAUAUUUUUCCCAUUGUGGACACCAACAAGGAAUCUCAGCGUUGGUGAUAAAGCUGCAAGAGCCAUUGUUUAUUUUGUAGCCAUGAUUUACAUGUUUUUGGGAGUCUCCAUCAUUGCUGACAGAUUCAUGUCUGCUAUUGAAGUCAUCACUUCAAAGGAAAAGGAUGUUGUAAUUCGCAGACCAGAUGGAAGCACACAUGUGGUCAAUGUCCGAGUUUGGAAUGAGACAGUGUCAAACUUGACCCUUAUGGCUCUUGGUUCAUCAGCACCAGAAAUUCUUCUUUCUUGUAUAGAAGUCGUUGGUAAAAAUUUUGAAGCUGGAGACUUAGGUCCAAGUACCAUUGUAGGUAGUGCUGCUUUUAACUUAUUUGUCAUUACAGCAAUUUGUGUGUCUGCUAUUCCUGCAGGUGACAAACGUACCAUCAAACAUUUACGAGUAUUCUUCAUUACUGCAACAUGGAGUAUAUUUGCUUACUUAUGGAUGUAUUUCAUUUUGUCCGUUUCAUCAUAUGGAGUAGUAGAAGUAUGGGAAGCCGUAAUUACCUUUGUCUUCUUCCCCAUAACUGUCUUAACUGCAUACAUUGCAGAUAUCAAAUUUCUACCACACAAAUUUUUGUCCAAAAAGUACAGGGAAAGUAGGCAGAAAGGAGUGGUAAUUCAGGCUGAAGGUGACACAGAAAUGAACCAUGUAGAUGAUGUAGUUUUCAGAGAUAUCAGAAAUGUUGCUGAUGUAAAGGAACUCAUGGUGUAUGAACAGCACAGGAAGGAGUACAUGGAAAUUAUGCGUAAUCUUCGUAAAAAGAAUCCAAACUCUGACAUGAAGGCCUUAGAAGAGAUGGCCGAGCUUGAAGCAAUCAACAGAGGACCAAAAAGUAGGGCAUUUUACCGAAUUCAGGCUACAAGGAAACUCACUGGAGGUGGAAAAGUGAUCAAGAAGGCUAAGAUUGAUAGGAAAGCAAGUGUAGAAGAUGUGAAAGUGGAAGUCCGUGACCAGUUCACCACGAAAGUCAUCUUUGACCCUGGUCACUACACUGUAAUGGAAAACAUCGGAACCUUCUUUUUGACAGUUUCAAGGGAGGGCGGUGACCUCAGCAAGACCUUGUAUGUGGAUUAUAAAACUGAAGAUGGCUCUGCCAGUGGAGGUGCAGAUUUUGAUUAUGCUGAAGGAACCCUGGUCUUCUAUCCUCAUGAAAUCCACAAGCAGAUUCCAGUCAGCAUCAUUGAUGAUGAAAUCUUUGAGGAAGAUGAACACUUCUAUGUGCGCCUCAGCAAUGUCCGUUUAGGUGAUGCUCAGGGCAUGUUUGACAGCAGUGCUUCCGAAAUGAAGGUCAAGCUUGGAACACCAUUCGUAGCCACUGUCAUGAUAUUAGAUGAUGAUCACCCUGGAAUAUUCCUCUUUGAUGAGAAAAUGGUUGUUGUUCCCGAGGCCAUUGGUCAGACCGACAUCAAGGUCACUCGUUCAUCUGGUGCCAGAGGUACAGUGAAGAUUCCCUUCAAAACUGUGGAUGGAUCAGCGAAGGCAGGAAAGGACUAUGAAUCACUCACCGGAUUUGUAAUCUUCCUCAAUGAUCAGACCGAACAAUUCAUUAACGUGAAGAUUUACGAUCAUGAAGAAUACGAGAAGAAUGAAACUUUCUACAUUGAACUUGAAACACCGAUACUGUUAAAGAGAGGCUCAGUGGAGGAUCUAGGUCUUGCAGUAGGUAAAUGUGAAAAUAUGGAUGUGGAGGAUACAGAUGUGGACGAAGAAGGAAAACCAAGGCUUGGUGAAACCACCAGGAUCUGUGUCAACAUCCGUGAGACGGUUGAGUUCAAGAAUGUGGUUGACAAGCUGUUGAAGAAGGCCAAUGUUUCCCUGGUAGUGGGAACCUCCUCCUGGAGGGAGCAGUUCGUGGAGGCUAUCACAGUUAGCGCUGGUGAGGAUGAUGAUGAGGAGGCAGAGGAGAAACUUCCAUCCUGUAUGGAUUAUGUUAUGCACUUCCUCACCCUGUUCUGGAAACUUCUCUUCGCUUUUGUACCUCCUACGGACUACUUCGGCGGAUGGGCUUGUUUCACAGUCUCCAUUAUAAUGAUUGGUGUACUGACUGGAUUGAUUGGUGAUCUGGCUUCAGGUUUUGGUUGUACAAUUGGACUAAAGGAUGCCGUCACUGCCAUCUCCUUCGUUGCCCUUGGAACCAGUAUUCCAGAUACCUUUGCAAGUAAGGUAGCAGCUAUUAACGAUGAGUAUGCCGACUCGUCCAUUGGUAACGUGACAGGAAGUAACGCCGUCAAUGUGUUUCUCGGCAUUGGUUUAGCCUGGUCCAUGGCUGCCAUCUACCACACAUCAAAUGGCAACACCUUUAACGUGGUGCCAGGAACUCUGGCUAUGUCAGUAACAGUCUUCUGUGUUGAGGCUGUAAUGACUGUUGUCAUCAUAUUGAUCCGUCGUAAGUUCGGAGGAGAACUUGGAGGACCUGUCCGUAAUAAAUACUUAACCUCCCUAUUCCUGGUUGGAUUGUGGCUAAUCUACAUUGUUAUUUCUUCCUUGGUCAGUUAUUGUUAUAUUCCUGGAUUUUAAAUACACAUUUCUAAACAUGACAAUACACACCAACCAGCUAAAUGUCUGUAAGCUUGUGUAGGUACCGGAGCAGUUCACAGGACCAUGUGUGGGAAUGGUCUAUGACUGGUGCCCUUGAUGCAUCAGAGAUGUGCAGAUUUUCAGCCCAGUUUGCUGAAUCAGAAUAGCCUCAAGCCAAGGAUGGAGGGGAGGGUCAUUGAUGAAGUGUGCUUUAAGGAAUCUCACAGCUAGAUGAGAACAUAGAGAUGUGCUGUAGCAGACAUUCUAACAUCAUGUAAUGAAAUCACAAGGCAGUCAUAUGUUCUGUCCUUACGUGGUGAGUGUUGUGAUGUAUUGGAGUCUCGGAUACAUCAUCUGUAUUGAAUGAAUGGUUUAGAACAAGUGUGUCUACAUGUUGAAGGGAUUACAAGAAUUGUAUGUAGCAGUAUUAACUCAUUUCAAUUAUCAUACAUUCAACUGGUGUUAGAUUUUUAAGAAUAAAUGCAAGUUUUGUCUACUUUGAUAAUUGAAAAGAGCAUUUGCUAGUAGAUUAACUCAGAUAGAAAAUAACAGCUGUGGCAUGUCAGAACUAUGGUCACAGAUGAUGAAUUGCUACCCAAGAGAUCUUUACUACAUCCAGCAAUAAAGAAAGUUUGUUUAGAUUAUUUAUAUUAUUUAGUUUGCUGUUUAGAAGUAAUGAACUAGAGAGAAAAAAUCAGGGGUUUUUAGAUUGAAUUUUUCAAGAGUUUCUUUUGAAAUUUCCUAAUUAUGUGUAUGUUUAAUUUAUAAUGAACAAAGAGUGGUUUGUCUCAACAGGUACAGAAACAUUGCUUUGUCUCUGGUGUUGUAAAUUAUUAUUGAAUUUGCUCAGAAUCCUGAUUAAAUAAUAUUUCCAUCCAGUGUUUGUCGAGAGGUGAAUGAAAGUUUUUUUUUUCUUUUUUUUUUUCAAGUAUUUUAUAUAUAAACUGAAGCAAAGCUUCAAAUGGCCAGAAUAUCAUUAAAAACAAUUUACAGUGGUAAUUAAUGUAAAUUAUUUAUUACAGUCAUUCAAAGGAUUUAUCAGAACAAAUGAAAGAAAUUUGUGAAAUGAAAAGCAUUUUUUUGUUUAGAUGUCAACAUCAUUUAACGGAAAAGAUGAUUAUAUUUACAAUUCUUGGUAUUUUAAAUAUUAAACUAUCAUCAGUGUGACACACUUACCUGUCAACAUGAGUCCACGGAAAUAAUGUCUGUGAGGCACACUAUACAUUCUAAUCAACAAACAGAGCAGUUGUCAGUGGUGUAACGACAACGACAGCUGUUAGAGAAGACAACAGAAAUGUAUACAAUUGGGAGGCUAAUUUUAUUUAUUAUAUUAUCAUCGGGAACUUAAAAACAAAAAAUGAUUAUAUACCUAGAAUAUACAAUGUAUUUAUUUCAAAUACAUUUCAAAGGAGUAACAAAUCAAAUGUUCAUUAUUAUUUCAAUGUUAAUAUAAUCAAAGGUGUAUUUAGCCCUCAUUUCAAUGAAUCAGUCUUCAGCAGUUAUGUUCAUAUUGUUUUGACAAAGCAUUUAGGUCAUCAUUGAUCCCGGGAACUUUAUUUUAUAGCAUUUUAUGUUUUACCAUUAUAUUGCAUUACUAGAUUUUCAGUGUGUUUUUUUUAUUGGGGUGAUAAUAAAGGUCAACAAUAUUUUAAAUUGUUGAUUCUAACGAGGAAACAAACAAAGUCAGCAAGUUUUUUUUGUCUCAGGAGCCAGUACGAAUCUAGUGUUGAUGUAUAUAAACUGUUUUGUAUAUAGUUUGAUCUCCCUGUUCCAUUUUGCACUGGUGUGGCCAGUUUUGUUAAACUGACACCACUCUCGGUGAUUUGUGAUAACUCAUUGCUCCAAAACCCUGUCAUAGCUUAUAGUGUACAAGGAAUGUUUUUAGAGUUGAUGAUAAAAUGAUUUAUUUGUAGUAAAAAGGGGAAAACUCAAGAAAAAUAUCAGAUAUUGUCCAUGUAUACAAACAAUGUCCAUGAUUUUUGCAAAACAAAUUGUUAGUUGCACUAGAAUCUACUGUUCAGUGUUUCACAACAAUCUAGAGUGUAUUUUAACAUGUUUCCUUUUUUUUAUAUUCUGGUGAAGAAAAGUGUUAUUGUUCACGACAUGAAAAUUGCAAAUAAGACUGAAAAUUUAUUUAUACAAUGUUUGUUGAUAAUUGUGAAUGUGUUAGUGUCUUAUUUAUUCUGUGUGGGAUUAAUAGUUAUCUUAGAUUUAUUACACACAAUAUAAUAUAGUUUAUUUAUUGUGACAGGAUGUUAAUAAGGCAUACAAUAGAAUGUGAUGGUCAUAAAAUGAUAAGUCCUUAACUAUUAUUGUAUACUUAAUAAAUUUUACUUUGCAGAAUUGUAAUAUGAAAUUGUUAUCCAGAGCUUUAAACUGUAUAUAUUAUCUUGUUAAAGACAGUAAAUAACAUGUCCCAGUUAUUCUUUCAGAUAUUUAACAGUUUAAUGGUGAAAAGGCAAAAUGUUAUUGAUUAUGCUUUACUUUUCAUUUCAACUUCAUCUUAUUAAUAACUUAAUUAAAAUUAUAUCAAGUAAUCAGAAUGAAGCUUUUUACUAAUUAGCUGUUAGGCUAUCAAAAAUAUAUAUAUAGAAAUUGGAUUGCUCUUUACUGAACUACCCUACUGUGUUUACCGCAGUAGAAGUGUUGAUCCUAAUCUGUCUUAUUAGAAUGAACUUUGACUAGCUGAUCAUCACCAUGUUAAUUAUUUCUGUAUUUAGCCAAGAUAUGGAGUUAUUUCCUAUAUACACAAAACACAGCUAAUUGUUUAUUACUGUAGAAAAGUUACACUUUAUUUAAAUACACAUAUUGUUGUGUUUAAUGUUAAAAUGGAAUUAAAUCAGUUCUGUCCAAUUCCUUUUGUUUGGAAUAUUAUUGAAACUGUUUUUUUGUAGAUACUGUACAUAAUAGUUCAAUUACAACAUGCAAUCUAUUAAAUAUGACAUUUUAGGUAUAUGUAACCUUAAUAUGGUUAAGAUUUUUUUUUUAAAGUUAGAUCUUUGGGCAUGAAAUGUUUGGUCAGUAGGGGACCUAUCUUGACUUUUUAUCUUGAAUCAUGCAACUGUGUAUACCCAACCUUAUUAACCAGUGGUUGUUACAUUCCUUACUCCAUCAAACAUCUCUGUAUAUAAUGUCUUCCUUACUCCAUCAAACAUCUUUGUAUAUAAAGUCCAUAUGAUUUGCUCCUUUGUAUCAAAUGUGAUGACUUAUUAUUAUUAUUAUUGUGGUCCUUUUCCCCCUGUUAGUGAUUUGAAGAAGAAAUUGUCCAUAAUUCUGGUCAUUUUACACAGUACAUGUUGAGAACCAUUAAGGGUUAAGGUAGGCCUCUUAGCGGUCCUCUAGCUAUGCAGAUUAUAAUUGUUUAAAGAGAUUACUGUAAAUACUCUUAUCUAGAGUUGUGUUUGUGUUGGUUAUCACAUUAUUGUACAUGUUUCUAGCUACUGUAGACAUGUAGAGCCCUGUAGUUGCAUUCCCAGCUGUUCCGUUUACUUUCUGUACGGGAUCUACCAGGAUUUAUAUGUGUUCUAGCUUGUACAACCCUCUUCUCUGCAGGUAUUUGCAAGUUGAGAUUCACUUAACUAUUUAAGAUUUGGUAGAGUCUCCAUCUUGUUUGCAGAUUUUACCAGUUCUUACUUGCAGUAUACAUGUACUUGGUUUUACUUGUACACAUUUUCAGCAUACUUCGUUUUACCAGUACAGAAAUGUACCCAGUUUUACUAGUAAAUGUUCAAUAUUCUCUGCAGGUUUGGCAGGUUCAUUAACGACACUGCAUGCUUACUAGUAGUGGUUUAAUUAACAGUGGAUGUUGAUUCUACUUUGUAUGUUUGACCAGUAGAGGUUGGGCCGAUCCACCUUGACUGCUGAACGUGUAUACUGGGUGAGAAGUGGCCUGACAAUAUAUACUCUAGUGCUAGUGAUCUAUAUUCCAUGGCACCGUCUUAUGAAAUCCAAUUGUUAGACCUGAGCUAGCAGACCAUGAAAAGACAAUCCCUCACAUUAUAUGGUUUUGAAUACCUUAUUGAGUAAUUCCAUUGUUUAAUUGGUUUGAGCAGUAUCAUUUAGAUUUCAUUUUAAAUGUCUUUUAUUUGUUUUUCUGUUCAACUAUUUGUUUACAGUUUUAUUUUAAAAUGGAAGUACGAUAAUUAGAAAAAGUUGGUCAAAGUUAUUACCAAGAAAAGUUUUAGGUAUUUGCUCAUGGAAAGUGUGUGUUUUUAACCAUAUUGAGAUAUUUUAAAAUAGUUUUAAUUUUAAGAAUGAAAUGUAAAUGAUACUGCUUAUUCAAUUAGACAUGAAAAUGAUAUAACAGAGGUUAGAUAUUGACUCAUAAUGUGUCAAAAUGGUAAGACACAAGAUAGUUAUUGACUUGUAUUAUGUCAAAAUGGGACCAUGCCCUUGUUUUGGUAAGUCCAUCUUUUCAUGAGCAAGUCAGCUCAUUUAUGAACAAAACAGAAAAUGAUACUCGUGUUAUGAGCAAGAAACAUAGUUAGGGAUAUGCAGACUUGGCCAACAACGUUUAUUAAUCAAAUACAUCUGCUAAUGAAUAUUUUCUAUACUGCUAAUUUUCGGCUUUCGCUGGUGCAAUUGCUAAGAUGUUUAUACAUGUUAUAAUUUCCAGAUAUUCUGUUACCUCAUUGAAGCUUUCUCACUUUUAUGUUAAGCAUGGUUUGGACUAUUUUGAACACAACACUAUAGAGAGUAACAUUAAACCUUUUGGUAUUCCCAUUCCACAACUGUUUAUUUUCCACGUUAGAUAUUGUGGUGUUUCUUAUGACUUGAUUGUGGAAAUUGAUUUGAAUUUGGUUGUCAUUUCAAUAAAGGGUUGAAGAAAA